AUCAUGGUCGUGAGCGAGUUGGGGUGCCGCCAGCAUUCGCUUCAUUUGUGAGCUGUCACUUGCGGUGUCGAAAAGUGCGGAAAUUUUUCAUUCGUAACGAAAUGGACGGAAAUCGCGACAAAAAAUUGCCCAAAAUUCGCGAAUUGCUUGCGCCGGUCAUCAUUUUCGAUGGGUACGGCGGUGCGCGGUGCAAUGUGGAUCCCGAUCGGCCCUGUUCCUACCAUCAGACCAUGUUCAGCGGAGGAAACUUCCGACGCCACAUUCUCACCAAGCAUCCGGUCGAAGCGGCCGAAAGGGGCUUUACGGAGUGCCGGCGGCGUGACAAAAGCCAACCAAUUCCGGAUGUUUUAGCCAACUUCAUCGAAACGACCGACGCCGGCGAAGUGCACUGUCGAAUCACCAACGAUCAAUGUCGAUACUCGCUGCCUCUUUUCAACUUGAAACGAUUCCAAAGACAUGUGUGCCUCGUGCACCCGUGGGAAGCCCGGCAAUGGAACAUGACCAUCGAGGAAAAUGGCGGUAGCUAUCCCGAACAGCACCAACUGAUUCUGCAGAGCGUUACGUACGACGCCAACGGUAUCUACUGCCGAAUCGAUCCGGAAUCAAACUGUCCCUACCGGUUACCGGUCAUGAACUCGAGAGUUUUCAAGCUGCACUUUGUUAACCGUCAUCCCGAGCAAGCGGAACGAAACGGUAUCACCGGGGAGGCCGACGAGGGACCCACAACUGGCAGGGGAGUCCGCACGAAAGCCUUAUCCACGCUGGUCGAAGAGAACGUUUACAUGGACGAGGAAGGGUACCACUGCCAGCUGGAUCCCGGGUGUGAUUACACUGUACAAGGCUUUUGUACGGCCAAACUUUUGGAUCAUUUUCGCCAGAAACACCCGGCACUGGCGCGGGCGAAGGGUUUUUUCGAGAGAAGGAUGUCGAAAAUGGAAACUGACUUCAACGCGAGGAUUCGGAAAUACGCCCAGAAGGAUGAUGAUGGUAACUUCCACUGCCGGAUCGAUGGCGAUUGCUCGUUUGUGCAGAGGAAAUUCUCAAGCCAUAUGUUUCUGCGACACUUUCGUAGUCAUCAUCGCAGGGCUGCCAAUGAGAAGAACUUUUUCGAACAUCUUCCAAAGCUGCCCAGGAAGCGUGGAGGAGUGAAACAACGAUUUGCCUCCAGCGUCAAGAAAGACAGUCAGUAUUCAGAAAAGGUAAGAAAACAUACCGAGACUGAUCAGAGUGGAACUCGUUGCCGAAUCGCAGGACCCAUUUGUGAGUACGUACAAGGUACAUUCAGGUCAAGUAACUUUACACGGCACUUCCGGAAUGCGCACCCCAAAGAGGCAAAGGAGCAUGGAUUUUUCGCAAACUUUGUAACGGUUGUGAAAAGUGAAUUUCCGCACUCGGCCGCGGGUAAGCAAUCGAAGCGACGUCGUGAAAAGAUCAACUACAAUAAAAUGGUGGAAGACUGCAUCGUGCGAGACAUCAGCGGUAGUUCGUGCAAAAUCAGCAACGAUUACUGCAAAUAUCGGCAAGGAAAGUUCGAUCUGGCAAUUUUCGUGGCCCAUUUCCGCAAGCAUCACCCGGCGGAAGCAAAGGCGAGGGGAUUCGGCGUUGCAAAGCAUGGCUUCAAAAAGCUCAAGAUGCAAGAACCGGUCGAUCCGUUGGCCAUCAAGGAGGAAGUAGGAGAUGACGAGGAGCUAAACCCGGACGAGGCUCCCCCUUCGAUGAGGCCUCAAACAUCAAUUCACCAGCUGGUCGAGAAAAAUACGCUGCGAGUCAAGACCGACGUGUUCUGCAAGAUCUCCACCGAGCACUGUGACUACAGUCGAAGUGAGGGCUUUGACACGAAGGAUUUCGUUCGUCACUUCCGUUUCAAGCAUCCCGACGAAGCGAGAGAGAAAGGAUUUUUCUGCGAAGCUAACGACGCGUCAUCCGACGAUACGCUCCAGCAUCAGAAAACGCUGCAUUGUUUGGUCGCGGAGAAUGUGCUCUUGGACGAGGAAGGGAUCCAGUGUAUGAUCAGCGAAACGGCGUGUCCCUUUUUCCAGGUAACGCUGAACGUUUACAAAUUUGUGAGUCACUUUCGCAGUGAGCAUCCGUCAGAAGCGGAGGAAAAAGGCUUGUUGCGGCGGCAGCGAAACAGGAAAAAGAGAAAACGGAAAGUCGUUACCGCCUUCGGCACGAGGCAACGCGGUUCAAUCCGCGUCCUGGUGGAAAAGCACGUCAAGAAAAACGAAACCGGCAUUCAUUGCAGCCUCACCGAACACGAAUGCCAGUAUGUGCAGACUGCGGAGUUCCGCUACCCAAAUUUUAGACGACACUUUAUUGCCGCCCAUCCGGUGGAAGCUCGAGCCGCGGGUUUCGAUGUUGACAGGAAAAAGAUUCACAGCUGGACCAGGAGUUCCGAUAAACGAGCCUAUAGACAGCUAAUCAGGAAGUGUGUCAAGCGAGAUGACGCUGGAAUACAUUGCCGUAUAGGUCCGAAGGAGUGCCAAUACGUUCAAAAGUCCAGGUACGCGCUGAGCAACUUUGUGCGUCAUUUCAAGGCCAAACAUCCGAAGGAGGCGCGAAAGAAGGGAUUUUUCAAGGACGAGGACACACAAAAACCUAAGGUCAGACCCCACGUGGACCCGUCUCUGAAAGAGCUCAUCGAGGCGUACAUUGCCCGCGAUGAAAACGUAGUUCACUGCCGGAUAUCGCAGAGGCCGUGCCGAUAUGUUCUGAAAGCGACGUGCAGUUACUACAAUGUGGUUAGCCAUUUCCGGAACGCGCACCCGAAGGAAGCGAUGGCGGCGGGAUUCUUCCCAAGUCUCGCUGCUGCCUCCGAACCGGAUCUCGAGUCUGUUGAACGCAUCAUUCCCGACGAAUCGGACGCACGAGAUGAAACAAUGGAAUCGUUCACUCGGGAGGAAAGUCAACUGGAGAAUCCAUGCCCCGAUACCCCUCAACAUGAAUCACGAGAAGAAACGCGUUCUAUCGGUAGACUAAACAACAGACAGCUCGUCGAAAAGUAUAUCUUCCGCGAUGAAAAAGGAGUCCACUGCCGAAUAUCGCAAUGGCCGUGCAAAUAUGUCCAGAAAGGCAUUUACGCGUACCAAAAUUUUGUGCGCCAUUUUCGCGCCUUGCACCCGGAGGAAGCACGAAGAAAUGGCCUUUGCAACGGUGGCAAUGAAACUGUGGAACCGGAAACAGCGCACAAAGCUGUCGAGCUUGAGGAAGGUCAGCCGGUGGACCCUGAUUUAUCGGAGGAUGAACGGAGCAACAGCAAGAAAAGAAAUCUUCCAAGCUUAAGGAGACUUACAAAGAAUUUUGUUUUCCAAGAUUCGAGGGGAGUUCACUGUCGAAUAUCUUCAAUGCCGUGCAAAUAUGUCCAGAAAGGGGGGUACAAGUACACAAAUUUCAUCCGCCAUUUUCGUUCUGAACAUACGGAGGAAGCUUUUGAAGCUGGAUUCGUCAGGGAUCACAAUGAAGCUUCGGAACCGGAAUUGGAAUUGGAACGCGAAAUAGCCGAGCUAGGGAAUGGUCAGCCAGUUGACCCUGAUUUAUCCGAAGAAGAGCGGUUGAACACGAAGGACGGAAUACCGAGCUUCAGGAGGCUCACCAGAAAGUUUGUGUUCAAGGAUUCAAAAGGCUUCCACUGUCAUGUAUCGUCGGUACCGUGCAGAUAUCUCCAGCAAGGGGAGUACAAGUACAACCAUUUCGUCCGCCACUUUCGGAACGUUCAUACGCAAAAGGCCAGGGAAGCUGGAUUUUUCAGAGGUUUGGAGCUGGAAUCGGAGGAUUCUGAUACUGAAACACCUCUCGAACUCGACCUCGGCGGUAAAACAGGCCUCAUUGAGCUUGUUGCAAAAUAUGUCUACCGGAACAAAAAAGGAAUUCACUGUCGGAUUUCCUCAUCGCCGUGCUCGUAUGUUCAGAAGUCCGGUUUCAAACACCAAAAUUUUGCCAGUCACUUUGCCAUCCAACAUACGGAGGAAGCUUGUAAGGCCGGAUUCUUCAAGAAUUUUGAUCAAACUUCGGAACCGCAACCAGAAUCAGUUGGAGGCAUUUCCUACGAUUCAAUAUCGCAGGACGAAACCAUGGAAUCUUUCACUACCGAACAAAGUCAACCAGAGAAUCCGUUAUCUGUCAGGGCCCUAAAUCUGCUCAGAAUGAAACCAAGCUUAAAACAGCUCACGGAAAACCACAUCUUUCGAGACGAAGAAGGUAUUCACUGCCGGAUUGCUUCGGGGACGUGCAAGUACGUUCAAACGUCCAACUACAUUCCGGGUAAUUUCGCGCGCCAUUUUCGUACCGAGCAUCCAAAGGAAGCUAGGGAAGCCGGGUUCUUCAGAGGAUUGUCGAACCCGCAACCAGAAGCUGAGCCCAUUCUCAUCGAACACGUUCCGUAUGAAGACGUAGAGCUGGAAUCGACGACUUGCGAGGAAGACAACUCUAGCAAACUCGAAGUUCCGCUCGUUUCAAUCCCUCAAAAUUCGGUAUCAGAUUCAAUUGCUCCGGAAGGAAGUCAACCGGAAAUACCUUGCCCUGACACACCCUGCGACGACCCCGCACUGUACUGCAGGUUGUGCUUCUCGGUUGACCUGCCCCUUGCGCCAAUAUUCAGCGGUCCAGACGCGGCGGACAAUCCGCUGGCGGAGUCGAUCGAAGAGUGCAUCAACGUUCGUCUAACCGCCGAGGAUGACGGGUGGAUUUGCUCGGAGUGCAGCCAAAAGUUGGUGGAUUUCCAGCAGUUUCGUCAACUGUCCCGAAUUCACGACUCCGCGGUGCGUCAGAAGAAACAACGGCUGGCGACGACUACGCAAAGCAAUCCGGAUGUAGUUCACUCUGCAAACGAAGCAGACUCGUUCUACGUAGAAAUAGUGAAACAGGAAAACGACAUUGAAACCCACACGGAAUCUCCAGUCACUGAACAACCAUGCGACGAUCAGAAACCGUUCAUCGAGCUGCCCAACGGUUCGUUCUCGUGUCGGAUGUGUCCGCAGACAUUCCCGUCGCUCGGUCCCACCAUGGAACACUUCAUCAGCGCCCACAGCGAGGCAAUGACGCACACGAACAGCGUGCUCGCCGUUGAUUAUUCCGAAAAGCCACCGUUCAAACCUGUCACCAUCAACAACGUUCAGUAUCUCAAGUGUGCCGACUGUGACACGCUGACCGAGCAUGGGGAGGCCAUCAUCGAGCAUCGCAAGCGGUUCCACGCGGGGGUGAAGAUGUUGCCCGCGAUCCGGUGCGACCGGGUCGAGUGUGAGCAGUUCUUUAUGGAUAAUCCGGCGUACCGGCGGCACUUGGAAAUUUGUCACGACAUGAUUGAUCCCGGCGAAGGGGGAUCGUAAAGUAUUUUUUUGACGUGGCUAAUGUAAUAAAUGUUCAAAUGUGCAAGUAAA